CUUAGACGAGUAGCAUCUCAGAAGAAAUUCAGGAUUCAACCACCGACUUCCUUUAUUUUGAGGGCUGAACACACAACCAAAAAUCAGUUCGGGACAGUCGACCGCAAACGGCGUGGAGGAACACUAAUUUUCCAGUUUUCUCUUCCUUUUUGGCAUUUUUCCUCCCAAUUUACGGGGUGGUGUUUUUUUGUUCGGGGAAAGCCAAACUCAUGUGUUGAUAAAAGUUGACAACCACAAGGCUGAUAAGAAGAACUAAUAGCAAAAGAAGAGGAUUUAAGGAAACUUUCAGUGACCCCGGCUUUUGUGAUAUAUUAUAAACGCCAAUCAGAGCAUCCCUGCAGUGUUGUUUGUUCUCGGGACAAUUCCCAGCAGAGGUGUGACCGUUCAACGUGAAGAAGCUCCUCAAUAGUGAAAAAGUGAGUUUCCUGCUAGUUAGGUUGCGGACAGCCAAUUUCGCUAAUGCGGCCCGGUUUUCGUCGCAAUCAGUGUGACUAGGCACGAAAACCGAUAACUUUUGGGAGGCUGUCAUUGGGUUGGUCGGUUUUUUUUUCUGACGCAAGGACAAUCAGGACAAAAGAGGAAUUAACCUCAAACAUUUGCCACACUCUAGAGACUCUAGUGCGAGACCAGCCCAACUACUAGCUAGUGGCUUGAAAUGCCGGUAGGUCUGGUGGUUGAUUAAAAUUCUGUUCCAGUGGCAUAUUGCGAAUUAUACAUGUCGUCGAGCAUAUAAUACCCAUAAAAAUACAGCAGCGACGGCCAACCGACUCUCGUUCCUCCGUAUUACACACAGUCAAAGAUUCCUUCUUGUUGUUGUUGCUUGCCGGGUUGUGGCGGCGCUCUGGUGAAUUUUUAGUUUCUCCCCGAUACUCUGCAGCCAAGCUGUGCCACGCCAACAUCCUCGAAAUAUACCUACCUACAAUUUUUUUUCUCGUGCUGGUGCUAUUUAUCCACCGAUUCAGGAAACUACUCCUCGAAUAGAGUUACCAAAUUGAAAGUUACUGCCGAUCCACGGGAUGCUUCAAGAAUCGAACCAUCCGGUGGCGACGACGACGACGGCUGCUGCAGUAAAGGAAGGAAGCGAAGCCUUGAGAUUCUGAAUUCUACGCGACUACGACGAACGGACAAAACGACGGCGACAACGGGGCACAUUUGUAUGUAGAAGAUCGAGGAGACGUAAGCCGAGUGCUAACUGGUGAAAAGGAUUUUUGGUGCAUUGAGCAUCAUCGGCUUUAAGGACGAACGAACGACACACAUUAAAGUGCUCCGGAAAACGUGUACUGUAGAGUGUAUUUGUGUAUUUGUAUGAGUGACUAAGCUGGAAAACCCACCGCCGCAGGGAGUGAGUGUACUACACAACAUUGGAAAGCACAUUCAGUAGAAGGUACUUUAGUGGUGGGAAGUUUUCCCAGCAUACGCAGUAGUCAGAGUUCGGGUUCGGGUGGGGUACGAGUUUUCCUCCUGCCGCCGAAGAAACUUGUGACUAGUAAGUGUCGUCGAGUGAAAAUCGAACGAAAACGGAAGACGAAAACGACGACACAGAAGUUGGUAGUCGGCACAUUGUCGUCUCUGGGAAGGCAGAGACUCAUCCUUACUCCCGACAACACGGCAAGGUGCAAUCGCUUGCUCGGACAAAACUGACGCCGCCGUACGACAACGACGAUUCCGGAGAGAUGCCCUCGCUGCAACAGCCCAGUUGGCACAGCCCAGACAUUGCACGAGCGUUGGCCGGUCCAGAUAUACUGCAGAAACACUCGAUCAACUCACUGCUAGAGCACAAUGAAAGCAUCAUCAGUCGAGGGUUGCCCUCCCCCAUUGACGAAAACAUGUCAUUCUCGGACAUUUUGGGCACAUCACAAUCAUCUACCUCCACCUCCUCGUCGCUCACAAUCGGAAGCAGCAGCAGCUCCAGCUCCAGCGGCUUCAACAGUGGCGGCAACAGUUGUUCAUCCGGCGGGAAACUCCAGCAGAACCUGGCGCUGGUCCCAUUCGGGUCCCUGUCGUCCCUGGGCGGGGGAGAUCUGUCCCCGGAUAGUGGCACCAGCAGCAGCAUACUGAGUCUGAGUGGUGGAUCCAAUACGACAUCGUCGCCAGUCGGCGGCGGCAGCACUUCCGAUGGUGGCUGUCGAAAUCCAUUCACCUUCUCCAGCCCGUCGAUGACCAACUUCAGAAUCAAUUCGAUGGACAUGGUCCCCUACGUGGGGGAUUUCAAUGGGAAUGCUAGACACGGGGCAGGAGGAGGAGGAGGAGGAGGUGGUGGAAGUGGUAAUGCUGGUGGAGGCGGGGGUGGAUGCCAUUCGUCUCCUCCCUCCUACGGCAACGCACAUUCGACGAUGAGAAAUUUCGAUGAUUUUCGGUUCGACAGCGACAUCGGCUUAUCGAGCUCGAACGGCGGCAGUGCCAUCGGAGUCCACAACCUUUCGUCGGCAUCGGAUGCCCUGAGGAUGGUGCAGCGCAACAACAACCUGGCCAACAGCAACAACAGUGACUUUGAAGCGUCUUUAGCGUCAAACAACAACAACAUCUCAGAUGACAGCAAAAGUGGACUAAGCGCGAGAUAUUUGCGCGGAUCGCAACAGCUCAACGAACUGAAUCGUAACACCUCGAGCUACGACUGUUUGUCGGUAGGAGGCGGUGGCGGCGGGGGAAAUGGCGGAGGCAGCUCUUCUUUCUACGGUGGAGGCGGCCUUCAGUCAUCGACGCUGUCACGUUCCAAUUCCCUGACCGACCUCAGCCUGUUGCCCAAUUUGGAUAGCACCAAUCUGCUGGACAUUAUGAAUUGUCUCAACAUAAGCCAACAACAAACCCAACAGGGCUCUCCACCAAGCCACCACAGUCGGCAAUCCUCGCUCGGGGGACAGCUGGUCAAUUCGGGAUCUGGUUCGGGAAACAUGAACAAUUCCAACUCCCAGCUGUUCUCGAACCAAAACUCAAACCUGCUGACCCAGCUCUAUCAACAGCAGCUGCAACAAUUAACGUCCUCUCAGCAACAACAGCAAGGAGGGUCAACUUCGUUAGGCGGAUCUUGCUCCUCCGCCUAUGGGGCUGGCAACGAAAAUGGUCAACAAUCUAGUGGAGGAAAUUUGACCAUCAGUGAAUACGAUACUAGAAAUAUGCUAGCAUUAAACCUACUACGACAACAACUGGAGCAGAUCCAACAAAUUCAUCAGACCAAUCAGUUCCUGCCGAACUAUGGAAAUGCUCAGCUUAAAACCUGGCAACUGCCGAACUCGGGCUCCGCAUCUUUAAACAAUGAUAACGGGGGUACCGGCAACAGCGUCUUCGGUGGCAACAGUGGAAGUCUUGCCUUGCCCAACGAACCCAACCUCGACCGGAUUGCCCGAAACCAUCGUGCAUCUGCAGCUUUCUUCGAUCCGACGUGCAUGUGGUAUGGUUAUUUGCCGUUCCCAAACCAGUCCCAGGUGAUCUAUUCACAGAAAAUUUUUCUCGGUGGCAUGCCCUGGGACAUUAGCGAACAAUCAUUGGUACAGAUAUUCAAACCCUUUGGGUCAAUUAAAGUGGAGUGGCCUGGUAAGGAACAACAAACGAUACAGCCCAAAGGCUACGUGUACAUUAUUUUUGAAUCAGAAAAGCAGGUGAGAGCCUUGCUACAGGCAUGUACUUACAGCUACCCGGAAGUGAACUUGUACGAACACAAGGACAAAUGUGGCGAUAAAGGUUUCCGUAGGAAGUCAAACCCUCCCGCGUUGCCACUGCCUGUCGUAAACGAAAAUCAUCAGCAACAUAUGAAUAUGGCGAUGCAAUCCAAAUGCCCUAUUACUACUCCUAUGGUACCUCCGGGGGCACGUGUUAAUUUCAAGAUUACCACCAAACGCAGCAAAGUCCCCAAGGACGUUGAGGUGAUUCCCUGGAAUACUAACGACGCCAAUUUCGUCAAGGAGUCCUCCCAUAAGUUGGAUCCAUCGAGAACGGUCUUUGUUGGGGCCCUGCAUGGACAGAUGACGGCGGACGCCCUGGCACACAUCAUGGAGGAUCUGUUCCAGGGCGUGAUAUACGUGGGUAUUGACACCGAUAAGUACAAGUACCCGCUCGGAUCAGCACGGGUUACCUUCAACAAUGAGCGGUCCUACAUGAAAGCCGUGAUGGCAGCCUACAUCCAUAUCAAAACGGUAAAGUUCAACAAAAAACUGCAGGUCGAUCCCUACCUGGAGGAUUCCCUCUGCUCAGUGUGCGGAGUACAACACGGACCAUACUUCUGUCGGGAGCUUGCUUGCUUCAGAUAUUUCUGCCGAUCCUGCUGGCAAAUUGUUCAUAACAGCGAGGCGUCGCUUCAGAACCACAAACCGCUCACCCGUAAUUCUAAAUCGACAAGCAUUGUCGGAAUCGGACCUCAGCAGCAUCAACAAGGGCCUUCGGACUCAUCAUCAGGUAUGCACCAACAGCAGCAGCCGCCCCCGCAACAGUACCAGUAUUAUCAGUCGCAUCAGAAGAAUCAGCGUUCCGGGCACCACAACAGAUCAUCGCCGGGCAACGUGAGCUGCAGCAGUUCCAGCAGCAGCAGCACGAGCAGUAGCUGCUCGAACAAUGAAAAUGUGUGGUCUUCCGACAGCUUGCAAAACUCACCGUCUACGCUAUACUGUCUCCCCGAUGUCCUGACCCUCGACUAAGCGCACGCCUCAAUGUGAGUGUUAAGUUUCUCGUUUAUUAUGCUGUCAAGAUCAUACCAACCCAGCAGCCAAUUUGUUGUUACAUGGAACACAUCUUGUUCCUUCGAUUAUUUGAAGCAGAUUCAAAAUACGCAACUAGUACGUCAAAUCAGCGGACGUAAAUUCUGAUCCACCAUUCCACCGAGUAGGUGGAACACCAAGCUAGCGUGCAAUCUGAUGUGAACACUUCGCGACCAGCUGUUGUAGCCAAUUGUUACAUACUAAGGAAUCCACUAUGAAGUUUCUUAUUGGUGAAAUUUUAUUUGAAGAAGGGUAGCUUUUCAGAGCCUUAAAACACAAAGGGUCUGAAUUUCUUUGAGAUAUUUCCAAGAAUGAAAUAUCUUUCUCUACAAAGAAAUUUUACCCGUUGUAUUGAAAAAGAGACUUACUAACGUACUCAUAACACCUACCAAGUCCAAUAAUGCCAUUUAUCAUUGCUCAGCCAUGCCGCGUACCGUACCCCAAAUUUGAUGAUUAAUAGGCAAAUGUUAACGUCUAAAUUUACGCCAGGAGGAGUGCAGCGAAGCGUUAUGCUGAAGUUCACCUGUAGAAAGGAAGAAAAAAAUACCGCAAUGUAGGUAUUAUUGGAUUGGUUAGAACUGUGCAGCAAAACUGAAACGACUACCCUCCCUUGAGAGAGACUCACCUAAGAACGAACGUUCAAGAAACCACGCGAAGUUCCCUGCAUCAUCUAUUUGGAUUACUUUUAAGCAAAAAGCGCAGUUUUAAGCUAUUGGCGCAUUACAGAGAGCAACAAAGCCGUUUAGCGAAAAGAGGAGAAAGUAGGAUACCCAAAUUCCGUAGAAAAUCCGUGAUUCGUUUUUAAGGAACCGAAUUUUAACAGUGCACUGCUCGCCGCGGUUUUUCCAUCCGCGGGAAAUCGCACUUAGGUUUGAAACAUAGAAAGAGAGAAAACGCGAAAGGGAAAGAAACCAGUUUACGUUUUUAGUUAGGAUCAAACAAAUAUGGAUGUAAAAUCUACUCGAGCGAAAAAGAUUUCUGUGAAACUGUGUGGGAACGUCCACGAAGAGAAUGAAAAACAAACAACGCGUGCAUAUCACGGAUAAACCCUUCUGCUGGAGGGAUCGCUCGACGAGUGGGCAACAUCAGAAUUAAAAAAAAAGAUAGUAAUUUUAAGGGAGCGCGUUCCCGUCGAUUUAUCAAAAUUUCGAAUGUAGGUUUUUUUCUUGUUUCUAAAUCGGCAUCAAUAAUUGUAAUUGUUAUCGCGGUUUUCUCAAAUCGAUCGAAUCAACGUCCAGUUUUCCGUUGUUUAUAAGCUAUUUAUUUAUUUAUUUAUUGUUAAUUUAUUACACCAAUCGGAGCGAAGUUGCUAUUGCUGCUGGGCGAUAGCGUGUAGGAUUUUUUGUAUAACGAUAGGGAAUUUGGUAGUCUCUAGAGAGGAUUUACGUUUUGCUUUCUAUAUACGUAUAUUUAAAAAAAGCAUUAUAUAUUUUUUUUGAAAACAUCUUAAUUUAUCAGCUCCCGUGCGGUAAUCAAAUGAGUUUGAUUCUAGAUUGCAUUUACGGAAUGCAUUUACAGCUCGGAUCGGUUCGAAGAACGAAAACAAAAUCAUCAAACAUGAGUUGUAGUAUCGUUUGUAUUACAUGUUAUUUAUUUGUAUCUUAUA